UUGUUCUUUCUAUAUUUAUUCAAGACUCCGGAUAACAUGAAAUGCGUUGCGCACCGUUUGGCCAAAUCGACGACAGUUGCCAAUGUAAGCAGCACUGUAAUUUCGAAGUUUAUUUUGACCUUUGAAUAAUUGGGCGAUUGCGCAACUAGAAUGCACAAGUGAACCAUUAACUUAAGUCGUCUUCGAUAGUCGACGCCGUUUUCAGUACACUGCAGUAUUAGACAGAAUUGUAGUUUAAAUCAAAAUGGACAACACUCCUUUCACUGAACGCAGCAAUGAAAUUACAGAAAAAAUAGACGUUAGUACUCCUGCAGAAAUGGUUGAACUUCUGCGGCUGACUGAUUCGGAGAUAUUUUCUGGUGUAAAUACAGAGGGGUUGUUUUCCGAACGAGUCUUGGAGAGCAUCAGUGGAGUAACUAGUUUGGUUGAGGAGUUCCUUCGAAAUUUUCCUCCAGAGGACAUAGCUAUUGUACUUGCAGGAUGUGGAACUUCAGGACGAUUAGGAUAUCUCAUAUCCAAAGUAUGUAACGAACUAACGAGCAAACUUUCGAAGGGGAGGCCAUUCUAUUACUCGAUCGCUGGUGGAAACAAGUCGAUACUCACGUCACAAGAGGCGCCAGAAGACGAUCCCAAUGCUGGGGUGCAAUCGCUGUUAGAGAUUUGCCACAACAAGAAAAAGGUUAUCUACUUUGGCAUUACUUGUGGAAUUUCAGCUCCAUUCGUCGGAGGACAACUUGAUUACUGUAUGAAACACUUAGAUAAAUUCAUACCGGUUUUGUUGGGUUUUAACCCCCUCAACAUGGCAAGAGAUGUCGAAAUUGUUGGCUGGGAUAAAACCUUGAGAACCGUUGCAUCUGAUUUAAACGUCGUCUCUCUUGAAGGAAAGGGUUUUGUUAUCAACCCAGUGUUAGGGGGGGAAGCUAUAACGGGAUCAUCUCGUAUGAAGGGAGGUACUGCAACCAAGGUGAUAUUGGAAACAAUCUUUUUGUCUGCCCUGAAUGAUAUUGGAAAAGACACAUCGAAUACCAGAAGUUGUGGGAACGUCACAAGUAUAUUAAAACUCUAUGAAGACGUUUGCAGAAAUUUCUAUAAAACAACUGCUAAUGUCAUGUCAGCCCUAGUGCAACGAGGUGGAGAUGCGUUGAAAGCAGAUGCAAAAAUCCGCUAUGUAGCGUCCGGUUGGAUGGGUGUGGUACCGCUUAUUGAUUCUACAGAAUGCCCGCCUACAUUUGGAUCAAGUGUUGAUGACGUUCGUGGAUUCGUUCACGGAGGAUACGAUUUUCUCGGGAUAGAAAAUUUUGGACAGCAGGAGAAAUACUUUCAACUUGGCGUGAACGAUUUUAUCAAAAUGUAUAAAUCUCAAGACGUUGGCAAUGACGCAGUAAUCGUCUUCAUUCAAUCACAAGAUGACCCGAUCAUGACGUCAAUAUUGAAUAACGACUUGGGCGAUGUUCUCAUAAACCUCAAAGGUAAAAACAAAAUUGUGGCAGUUUUGUUGGAGAACCCUACAGCCGAGAAGAUGUGUGAAACGGAUACGAACAAGUAUUUCGAUGAUAUUCUACGAGUAACUUUCCCAGAGUAUGACAAGACGGCACUUACUCAUUGGAGUGUGACAUGCAGAGAAGCUCUGGAGGAAUCUCUCUAUGGUUGUUGCCUGAAAUGGCUGGUCAAUGCCACGUCUACUGGAGGGCAUGUCUUAUUGGGCAAGGUUUUUAUGAAUUACAUGUGUGAUGUGAAAGUCAGCAAUAAUAAACUUUAUUAUAGAGCAAUUGAAAUUAUCAAGAAAAUGUGUCAUGGCGUUAGUCACGAGAAAGCUACAAACUCUUUACUGAAAUCGAUUUACGAAACAAACGUUGUUACUGAAGAAAUACGUAACAAAACUGUUGCUGAGCAUUAUAUAUUUGCAGCCAGGAAAGACAAGGUCGUACCUCUUGCAAUUGUUUUAGCUAAAAUGGACUGUUCGGUCAAAGUGGCAAAGGAGACAUUACAAAAACACUCUGUUGUUAGGCAGGCAAUACUUGAAAUGGCAAAACCACUGGAAUAAUCUAAGACAAUAAUACCAAGUAUUAUAUUGUUUAUAAUAGAUUCGAAACGUUUUUU